UUCCCCAACUGUCACUGCAGAACAAGUUUGGUGUACUGAAGAAGGGUCCUCGUACGUCUAUGAGACAAUGUCCGCCUUCCGGCUGUCUUGGGUCCUGGGUCAAGUUGGAUUGACUCUCCGGAGAAGACCAAGCUCAGUUUCUCCACUAGCAGCAGUCUUGGUGCAUCACACCAGGCAAGACCAGCUAACAAUCUGUCGCUGUUUGUGGAACUUCACAUCAAUUUCUCCCAGGAACACUGCUGCAUUCUCUACACAAGUAACUGGUAGUGGAGACGAUGAACAAACAGAGGAAAAACCAAAGAAAACUAAAAUAAAACAAGACCCACGUGCCCGUCAGACCUUCAGCAGCGUGGGACGGAAGAUCCAUCACCGCCGCCUCCUGCUCCUGAGCGACACGGGCGAAAACCUGGGCACAUUUCACCGGGCAGAUGUGAUCAGGAUGAUGGAGGAGAAGCAGAUGAAGCUGGUGGCGGUGAACGAGACCGCAGACCCACCGGUGUUCAAGCUGAUGACGGGGAAACAGAUUCACGAAGAACAGAUGAAACUACGAGAGAAGACGAAGAACAAAACGGGACCCGUGCAGAUGAAAGAGUUGACUCUGUCCUCAGACAUCGGAGCAGGUGACCUCAACACCAAACUUCGACAGAUCAGCGCUUGGUUGGAUAAGAAACAUCAUGUCAGAGUAACGUUACGACGUAGACACUAUGGCGGUGUUGAUGACAUCCAACCACUGGACAAAAGUCUUGAGGUCAUGCUCUCUAAACUAGACAUACUCUUUGGCUACGUGUCACCACCCCGCGUCAUUAAAGAGGGACGAGCAGCUUCCUCUGUCAUCAGACUUCCCUCAGAAAAGGAGAAGCGCGCUGCCAUGGCAACCUCAGCAUCUACAGGGACCACUACCACAUCUAGGGACACUCCUCUUUCUACUUCCACUGCUAAAGGGUCUGAGGAGAAAGAGACCGAUACAAAAUGAAAUCUGUACAAAUGAGAUGGAGUGAGGUGAGGAAUGAUUUUGAUGUGGAGUGUUCAUACAGACAGAAACUCCACCCCCCUCAUUGUCUUUGGCCAAUAUCCUCCAAGUCUACGGAUUCUUCAAUCGUGUGUUUUUCCUGUGAUCAGGAAGAUUGAACACCUGCCUAAAGAACACUUACGUGACAGUGGUGUCUACCAUGAGAUGGAGUGUCCAAGAAUAUGGUGUCCAAAACAGAUAAGUGUUGAAUAAAAUGUGUCUAAAAAUA